GCAUGGAGCGCUGGCUGUCCGAGCGACGCCUGUGGCUGCUGGGGAGCCGCCUGCCGCUGCUGCCGCGCAGGUCGCGCACCUCGUCGCGCCUCAUGGAGCGCUACGAGAAGCUGGCCAAGCUGGGCGAGGGCAGCUACGGGCUGGUGUUCAAGUGCCGCAAUAGGGACACGGGUCAGCUGGUCGCCAUCAAGAAGUUCGUCGAGUCCGAGGACGACCCGCUCAUCCGCAAGAUAGCGCUACGUGAAGUCCGCAUGCUGAAGAGUCUGAAGCACCCGAACCUGGUGAACCUGGUGGAGGUGUUCCGGCGCAAGCGCCGGCUGCACCUGGUGUUCGAGUUCUGCGAGCGCACGCUGCUGGCCGAGCUGGAGCGCCACCCGCAGGGCCUGUCGGAGGCGGAGUCUCGCCAGCUCUCCUUCCAGCUGCUCACCGCCGUCGCCUACUGCCACGCCCAGGGCGCCAUCCACCGCGACAUCAAGCCCGAGAACAUCCUGCUCACCGCCUCCGGCGUCCUCAAGCUCUGCGACUUCGGCUUCGCGAGGCUCACCAAUCCCGGCGAGAGCUACACGGACUACGUGGCGACGCGCUGGUACCGCGCUCCUGAGCUGCUCGUCGGCGACACGCAGUACGGACCACCCGUCGACGUCUGGGCCAUUGGUUGCGUAUUCGCCGAAAUGUUGCAGGGGCAGGCGCUGUGGCCCGGUAAAUCUGACGUUGACCAGCUCUAUCUCAUCCGCAAGACGCUCGGUGAGCUGAUCCCUCGGCACCAGAGCGUCUUCCGGACCAGCGAGUUCUUCUGCGGGGUGAAGCUGCCGCCCCCUGAGGCUGGCGAGACGCUGGAGCAGCGCCUGUCCAGCGCAUCCAACACGGCCAUCGACCUGCUCAAGAAAUGCCUGGACAUGGAUCCUGUCAGGAGAUGGAGCUGCGAGCGGCUGUUGAAGCACCAGUUCUUCGACAACUUCCACUACGAAAUUCCUCAGGCGGACCUGGAGGAGUUCGAGAAGCUGCGGAAAACACGCGACAGAUCCAGAGAGAUACCUCAGACAGGAGCGGUGUGUGCCCUCUCUUAACAAGGUCGCAGCAGUGCCC